AUGGAAGCUCCUGAAGCCGAGUUUCUUUACAGAGGACACGAAGCAGACGUUCGAGCUGUAUCAUUCUUGCCUCAAGGCCGAGGAUUAUUGUCAGCAGAUGGCGCAGGAGUCUUGAUUGUAUGGACACUGGAUACUCGUAGAGCAAUACGGAAAUGGCAAGCACAUUCCAAUGUCAUCUAUGCAGCUGAUGCAAUACCUUCUGAUCCAUGGUGCAUCAUCAGUCAAGGACGCGAUAAUGUGUUGCGUGGUUGGAGUGGAAGCGAAAUCCUAGAUGAGGCUGUUGAGACACCAAAACCUGUCUUUGAAUUGGCAAUCAAUGCACUGAACUUUUGUCGAUUUUCGUGGUGUUUCAGCGAUGUUACCGACAAGGAGAAUCUGCUCCUGGCCUUUUCAAACUUCAACAAACCUGAACUUAUUGAUGUAUAUGACCUACGCCGUCGUACAUAUAUAUCAAGGGCUCUUGACCCACAAGCGAAAUCCGGAAUGUGUUUAUGUACGAAGCUCUUUCGACGGUCAUCUACUCCAGACAUCCUCAUAAUGGCAGCUGGAUACGAAGAUGGGUCUAUACUUAUUUGGGAUGUCAAGAUGAAAAGCAUAUUAGGCAGGAUCGAGGUUUCCAAGGAACCAGACGUUCAAGCUGACGGUCUUGAAGGUGUAGCUGCACCAGCAGCUACGGAGAUUGCCAGUUUCUCGACAGAGUUUGAUCAGGAAGGACACGUAAAAUGGAUGAAGACCGCCUCGCUUCCAGCUGCAGGAGUAUCAGAGAUCGCUAUCCGAGGCGAUGGUCGUAUACUAGCGACAGCAGGGUGGGAUUCCAAGAUUCGGAUCUUUGCUUUGAAGAAACUGAAACCAUUGGCGGUAUUGACAGCUCAUCGGGAUGGUGUUCAGUGUGUAGCUUUUGCGUGGAGGGCUACUGAUACGCAGCCAACAGAGGGAUUGUCGUCCAUGUUGGCAACAGGAUCAAAAGAUAAACGUGUAGCAUUGUAUAAAAUAUAUUAA